AUGGCCACCAUCACCUGCACCCGCUUCACGGAAGAGUACCAGCUGUUCGAGGAACUGGGAAAGGGAGCCUUCUCCGUCGUGCGCAGGUGCGUGAAGGUGCUGGCUGGCCAGGAGUAUGCUGCCAAGAUCAUCAACACCAAGAAGCUCUCGGCCAGAGAUCACCAGAAGCUGGAGCGCGAGGCCCGCAUCUGCCGCCUGCUGAAGCACCCCAACAUCGUGCGGCUCCACGACAGCAUCUCGGAGGAGGGCCACCAUUACCUGAUCUUCGACCUGGUCACGGGCGGGGAGCUGUUUGAAGACAUCGUGGCUCGGGAGUACUACAGCGAGGCGGAUGCCAGUCACUGUAUCCAGCAGAUCCUGGAGGCCGUGCUCCAUUGCCACCAGAUGGGGGUGGUGCACCGGGACCUGAAGCCGGAGAAUCUGCUGCUGGCCUCCAAGCUCAAGGGGGCGGCCGUGAAGCUGGCGGACUUCGGCCUGGCCAUAGAGGUGGAGGGGGAGCAGCAGGCUUGGUUCGGGUUCGCGGGGACUCCGGGGUACCUCUCCCCGGAAGUGCUGAGGAAGGACCCGUACGGGAAGCCCGUGGACCUGUGGGCCUGCGGGGUGAUCCUGUACAUCCUGCUGGUUGGCUAUCCCCCUUUCUGGGACGAGGACCAGCACCGCCUGUACCAGCAGAUCAAAGCCGGGGCCUAUGAUUUCCCCUCCCCCGAGUGGGACACGGUGACGCCCGAGGCCAAGGACCUCAUCAACAAGAUGCUGACCAUCAACCCCUCCAAGCGCAUCACGGCCGCCGAGGCCCUCAAGCACCCCUGGAUAUCGCACCGCUCCACCGUGGCCUCCUGCAUGCACAGACAGGAGACCGUGGACUGCCUGAAGAAGUUCAACGCCAGGAGGAAGCUGAAGGGCGCCAUCCUCACCACCAUGCUCGCCACCAGGAACUUCUCCGGAGGGAAGAGUGGAGGGAACAAGAAGAAUGAUGGUGUGAAGAAAAGAAAGUCCAGUUCCAGCGUUCAGUUAAUGGAAUCUUCAGAGAGCACCAACACCACCAUCGAGGACGAAGACACCAAAGUGCGCAAACAGGAAAUUAUCAAAGUGACAGAGCAGCUGAUCGAAGCCAUAAGCAAUGGAGAUUUUGAGUCCUACACGUGAGUCAGCUGGGCUCAUUCUGCAUGUCCUGUCUGAAGGGGGUCCGGGGGGGUCCGGGCGGCUAAUCGGGGUCUUC